CUGUUGCCUGGCCCUUGUCUUCUUUUGUUACAUUUGGUGUCGCUGCCUACCGACAAAUGAAAAGCCUAUACCCUGCAGUUUUUGAUGGAGACAUAUGGAUCUUCGGGCAGGACUUCAAGGCUUCUGCGCAGUUGAGUGGCGUUCAAGAUCUGUCAGCGGUGGAGCUGCUACUUGAGACGCUGCUGGGAGGUCGGGCGAAAGCAGCAUAUGAAGGUGUGGGCCGAAGUAUGGACGAAUGUUCGACAGGGUCAGGCAAACAGUUUCCAAAGUGGGAAGGACCAUAUAUGGUCACUUCGAGAUGGGGUUACGCAGACACAGUCGCAAUGGCGAACAAUGAGAGGCGCGUGAACGUCAGCAAGCUCCAGAAAUGGAUACAGCGAGACAAGCCAACGAUGACGCCUGCACCAAGUAGAUCAAGCCGACUUCAGUCGCACGUAUUUGACGGGGGGACGAGUGUGGUGAGAGCAGGCUGCUAGCCGAUUGGUUGGCACUAAUCUACGUUAAGGUCUAGGUCACUAAUAUGGGCCGUGAGAAGAUAUGAACAAGGUUGAGUCAACAACAAAUCAGAAGCCUGCGUUUGUCUACCUAACUUCUGAUUAACAACCAAUCAGAUGACUGCGCUUGUCUAUAAUAAUGUUGUCUGAAAUAUGUAUAAAUACGUGUUGAUUUUCAU